UUAAAAUGAAAAAUGCCUCCGUAGAACCUAAAAUUAAUCGGUACAAUCGUUUGAAAAUAACCUAAUUAUAUCUGGCAACACUACCGGUGAGGAGGUGCGUGCCCAAGUCACAUUUGUGAAUUGUAAUUAUUUGCGUUCACAAAAAUCUUAAAUAAUAGGAUAAAUAUUAGUUUAAAAGUAGACAGAGACUUAAAUUAAUAACUUGACUAGUUUAUGAAUUGUGAUUUACUGUUGAAAUGCGUCUAACGCAUUAACAGCAGCUGCCCAUAAGCGGCAUUGCACAGUGACUACCGGUCUAAAGGCAUCUAGACGCAUUUUUUUUGCGCCUUACUUAUUUAUUUUAUCUAAAUCAUAAAGGAAUAGCUUAUAACAAAAAAAACAAAGGAUAACGUGCCAUAGCAACAAAGUAUUUGAAAUUAAUAUCCAUUGUUGCAGCAUCUAAUACAAGACCCAAGAGAAUGACCCAUAAGCAAAAACGAAACAGACUACCGAAUUUUACACCUGCUGAAGAAAGUUUUUUACUAUCACUGGCACAUAAAUACGUUAACGUAAUUGAAAGUAAACUAACUGAUGCGCAGAUUUGGGAGGAGAAACGAAAAGCAUGGGAAAAUAUUGAUAUUGAGUUUGGUAAUAAGUUUGGUUUUAGAAGAGGAUCUAAAAAUCUACGUGAAAAAUAUGAUAAUUUGAAGCGUAAAUUAAGACGAAUGGAAAGCAAAGACAGAAGCGAUGAUGAACAAACAUUUCAAAAGUUGUUAUUUGAUGAAAAUAUUGAAAAAUUAUCAGCUAUUAUAGAAUUUUCAGCAGACUGUAGCUCAAAUGAUGUCGAAAACAAUGACUCAUUUGGGACUGACCCUGUAAUGAAUAAUAAUUUUAAUGAUACAGCGCAGAGAUGUAGUUUUGACGAUCCGAUUCAGGAUUCCGAGACUGUUGAAAAGGAAGGCGAACACAAGUGGUUGUCAUCAAAUUCAAACCACUCGGCACAGAGUAGAAAAAUCAAAUCUUCUCGAAAACCUGAUCUAAAACCAUGUUAUAAUAUAAACGAUUUGCGAUCUGUCGAGAAACAUCGCUGGGAUUGUAAAAGAAACAAAAGAGAAGCGGAAAAACACAGAUGGGAGUUCGAAAAGAACAAAUUAAUUGUAGAGAAGCACAAAUGGGAGCUAAAGGAAGCCAGACUAAAAACUAAACUUUUGCAAAUGAAGUUAAAGAAUUUUAUACCUAGAAACGAUUCAAAAAGUUGCAUCGGCGCUAUAUCUGAAGAUUGUUUUCAAAGAAAACCCGAAUCUCAUAUAAGAAUGCAAAAUGCUACUAACGCGCAAAGUGUCGAUAAAGCUCAGAACUCAAUCAACAUCGCCACAUUAUCUACAGACGUUAAAGUUGAACCUACCCUUGACAUUAUGGACGUUGGAAAUGACUGUGCCAUUAACUCCAAUGAAAACUGCGCAUCCAACAGUCGAGUCGAAAAACGAAACGGAACAACGAAAACGAACAGUGAAGAACUAGGUGAUAUGUGUAAAAGAGUCAAAACAAUGCCGUCGGUUUCAAGUAAUGAGCAACAACAGUGGGAACUGGCUUUAAAGCAUGAUAUGCCCGAAACUUCAAAUAACGACCAUAGUAGUUUUCUCGAUCCUAUCCAAUUAGUUGAGACUAAUAUUAAUUCAUAUAUUGGCGAUGAUGAUGAUGAAGAUGAUGGUUGUCAAAUUAGUGAGGAAUCUAUACCUUUAGACGCUACAACAGAUGAUAAAACAAAAGUUUCAACGCAUGAUGAUGAUUUUUUAAAACUUCUAAACAAACAUAAACUGGCGUAUUACUGGUCUAAAUUGAAGGAAAUGAAUAUUGGCUUAGAUUACUUGCAGUAUAUAGAAGAGGUAGACGUUAGAGAUAUAUGUGGCCGUGAUAUUGGUGCGCGUAUACGAUUUCGUGCAUUAUUAGAAGAUUGGCGCACGGUACAUAGUCUAUCUGAAACUAUUACAAGUCCAAUAACAGUACUCAAGGAGGCCAAAAGAGUGAUUGCUGAACUCAAAGCGAUUAUAAAGCAAGCACCGUUUGUCAAAGAUCAAAACAGUGCCGUAACUUCCAAAGAAAGUCAAUGCAGUCAGUAUACGAACUAUAAAAAAGUCUUACCUGAAACACCAUUCCACUCGGUGUUAGAUUUUAAAGUGUUUGAAGAAUUGAUUAAAAACUCGGAAGAAGCAUAUCAAAAUUUGAUAACUGAAUUAACCGCACAACACAUAUACAAUUCUGUUAAUUUUCUGAAAGCCUCAUGGCGUCGCAUAAUGAGCGAUCACGUUGCGCAGCAUUUUUGCUGGACAGGCACAUUAGAAAAGCCAGCUAUACGCACAUUGAGCGUGACUAAGGCAUUGAAAGAGGCUUAUCAGCGUAAAUUUAAUUUUUGCACUAACGACGAUUUCCAACGCACAAUUCAACCAUUUUUCCUCCAUGCAAAAACGCGUUUGCAGAAAAAACAAAACUAUGAGAAAUUAAAAUCGACCAACAUAACAUUGUAAUGUUACAUGUAUCCAAGUAUGUACUUAGCAUGUAAGUUUAAGUUGGUGCUAAGAUAGGGAUUGAUUUUUGCGACGAGAAAAUUACGUUAAACGUAAAAUUUCGUUAGAACUCAAGAAAUUUCGGUUUUUAAUUAUUAUUAUUUUUAAGAUAUGUAUAUUAAGCGCGUAAAAAAUCUAAACUAAGAAAUUUAAUUGAAUUUACAUACAUACAUCAACCAAACGAAGUAUGCGAAUUUCAGUGGCGUUGAAAAUAUUUGAAAUUUGUGCUUUGAACCAGUGCGACCAGACUGGUUAAAACUCAAGAACGGCGGGGCCGAUUGAGCUGAUUUUGGUUUUAAAAUGUUUGUCGUAGUCCAGGGUAGGUCUAAACGGUGAGCAAAUAAGGAAAAAUUGCGAGUAAGAUAGAGUAAGACGACAAUUCCAUUUUCCCAUAUAAAAGUUCACCACUUACUUUCUGUCAAACAUUUGACGGUAUUUGUACUCUCAGUUCCAAUCGAAUUGAAGAACGCAUUAAAACAAGACUUUUGAAUCGA